AAGGAGAGACCAAUUCGGUAAUUCCAAGGAAAAGUGAGGGGGAGGCUCGGGCUAAGUAGGAAGCCAGGUAUCUGAGGACUUCCCUUGCCUUUAUUUUUGUGGAGGAGAGAGAGAGAGAGACAGAAAGAGAGAGAUGGAGAAGACAGGUUACUGCUUUGGCCUUCUAUUCUCUUGUACUCUUCUUCUUCUUCUUCUUCUUCUAUCUUCUUCAGAAUCUGUUGAAGCUUACAAGAAUUACACAGUUGGCGACUCUCUGGGUUGGUAUGACAACCUCCUGAAGCCCACUGUCAACUACCAGAAAUGGGCUGCCGCCAAGAACUUCAGCUUGGGAGAUUUUCUCAUUUUUAAUACGGACAGCAACCACUCUGUGGUUCAGACGUACAAUGCGACGACGUACAAGCUUUGCGACCACGAGGACGCCUCCGAGAACGACACGAUCGAGUGGUCGGCAACCGAUCCCUCCGCCACCACUCCUCAACCGGUCACGGUGCCCGUUCCUCUGGUUAAGGAAGGGACCAAUUACUUCUUUUCUGGUUUCUACGACGGCGAGCAGUGCAAGAACGGGCAGCGCUUCAAGAUCGACGUGGCUCACGGGCAGGGGCUCCCACCGAGCCUGAGGGACCCGUCCGACGAGGCUCCGGCGCCGAACAGUCCUGAUUCCGGCGGCGAAGAAUCUGUCCCGGAUACGCUGGUGCCGUCGAAUUUCGACCAUCCUCAGGAGACCAGCGAUGACGACUCGGCGAGAUCGGGAUCUGUUUCUUUGUCACGGGUCUCCGGUUGGGGAUUAAGUGGAAUUUUGGUAUUGUCGGGGGUCGGUUUGUUAUUUUGAGAGGUUUUGGGGUGGAAUAGAAGAAAGCAGAAGAUACAUAUAUUUAUGUAUAAGCAUAAGCUAGCUGAGUGUUUGGAAGGUUUUCUUUUGCUUUGAUUCAUUCAUUUGUGAGUUGUGAGCUCUUUGUGGCACCUAGAGACUGUGUGACACACAGUAUGAUAAUUUUUAUUGAUUUUCUAUUUUAAUUAUAAAAUUUCAUCACUACAAAUUAAAUUUGAA